AUGAAGAAAAACGCGCAAAUAAUAAUUUUUUGCCUGUUCGGAUUGCUGAGCUAUACAUGCGUAGCUGAAGGAAACGUUAACCCACCCAACAGUAAUCACAACGGGUUAAACGCCAACAAUGGAAAUAAAGGCAACGGAAAUGACAACGAUAUGCCACCGUUCAUUGGAGGAAACAACAAUAACGUGAACGACAACAAUAAUGAUAACACUUUUAAUAAGAAUGGAAAGGAUGUAACCCGAAAGGAUGGUGAUGCAAAUGACGGAGAAAAUCGAAAUGACAAGAAAAAGGAAAAUGGCAGCGAUUCAAAUGAGAAGAACUCCAUAGAAAAUGCUGACAAUGGUAGCGGCAAAUCUGAUGCGAAUGCCAACCAAAAUGAUGAAGAUGGAAAUAAAAUGGAUGAAGCAUCUUUGAAGAAAAUCCUCAAAAUUGUUGACGAAAUGGAAAAUGUUCAAGGACUGCUCGAUGGAGAUUACAACAUUUUGGAUAAGUACAGUGUCAAAUUAGUUGAUGAAGAUGAUAGAGAAACGAAUAAAAGAAAAAUCAUUGGAGAAUAUGAUUUGAAGAUGUUAAAAAAUGUUUUAUUGUUCAGAGAAAAAAUUUCCCGAGUUUGUGAAAAUAAAUACAAUAAAAAUUUACCAGCCCUCUUUAAAAAAUGCUCAAAUGUGGAUGACCCCAAAUUAAGUAAAUCCAGGGAAAAAAUUAAAAAAGGAUUAGCAAAAAAUAAUACGAGUAUUGAAGAUUUUGUGAUAGGUCUUAUAGAAGAUUUAUUUGAGAAAAUUAAUGAACAUUUUAUUAAAGAUGAUUCAUUCGAUUUAAAUGAUUAUUUAGCCGAUUUCGAACUCAUUAAUUAUAUAAUUAUGCACGAAACAUCGGAAUUGAUCGAUGAACUUUUGAACAUAAUAGAGUCCAUGAAUUUCAGAUUGGAAUCGGGAUCUUUGGACAAAAUGGUUAAAUCUGCACAAUCAGGAAUGAACUUAAAUUGCAAAAUGAAGGAAGACAUAGUUCACUUACUUAAGAAAUCUUCCGCCAAAUUUUUUAAAAUCGAAAUUGACAGAAAGACUAAGAUGAUAUACCCAAAAAAUAAUGUAUGUGAACAUAAAAAGUGCCCAUUAAACUCCAAUUGCUAUGUCAUAGAUGGAGAGGAGGUCUGCAGAUGUCUACCCGGAUUUAGCGACGUCAAAAUUGAUAAUGUUAUGAAUUGCGUUAGGGAUGAUACCCUUGACUGUAGCAACAACAACGGUGGCUGUGAUGUGAACGCAACGUGUACUCUUAUAGACAAAAAAAUUGUGUGUGAGUGUAAGGAGAACUUUGAAGGAGAUGGAAUAUACUGCUCCUACAGCAUUUUUAAUUCCAUCAACAAUUUCAUUUUCCUGAUUUUGUUGCUUUUGUGCCUGUACCUGUUCUAG